UUCACAGGUAAACACCAAGAUCCUCAUUUAUAACCAGCCCCCCAAGAAGCAGCUGCCUUUCUGCCCAGGCUGGGACGGCAGGCCGAAGAUGAAGGCUUUUCUUCUCACCCUGCUGGUGGUGGUUCUGUGUGUGGAGCAAGCUCACUCACUGGUGUGCUUCACCUGUAAGGAUGCAUCCUCCAACUGGGGUUGUCUGGCACCAACUAUAUGUCGAAGUGGUGAAAACUACUGUGUGACCACGUAUCUUGGUGCAGGAAUUGGCGGACAUUCCGGGCAGAGCAUCUCCAAGGGGUGUGCUUCAAUUUGCCCCAGCGUUGGGAUAAACAUAGGAAUACUAGCCACCUCUGUUUCCUGCUGCAGUUCUUUCUUGUGCAACAUCAGCGGGGCCAGCAGCGUGAAAGUCAGCUACUCGGUGCUGGCCAUGGCGAUCUUGGCCAGCUUUGUCUAUAUCAGGGCUGGACUGUGA